AUGGAAAAACUCUUCCGAGAAACUUUCGGGGCUGUCGAGCCUGAGGAUGAUUUGGCUUUUCAAACUCAGAUGGCCCAACAGCCUACUGAGUCUACUGUCGCUUAUCUCCAACGCUUCCAGAUCCAGAAGGCCAAACUAAGCAUGGUGUUGUCUGAGAAAGAACUAGUUAAGUUGGCCAUCAAUGGCUUGGAACCCCGCCAGCGAAAGAAGAAACAUGGUAGCAUGAUCCAGUCAAUGGGUGAGCUUAUCAUACAGGUGGGUAGCUUUGAGCAUCUUCUCAGAGAAACCGACGUGAGAAAGAAUGCGUCCAAAGGUACUAUGGCUCGAAAUCGCCGAGCACGUGAGAGAACUCCGGUUGGGGAAGAUGAGCCGAUACCUAGGGGGUUUGCGGAUUCUUUUGGUCAGUUCUUUCGGCAGAUUGCCGCAGCACUCCCCGGGUCACGUACUGACUAUACUGUGGAGCGUGCUAAGAGGCAUGGGGCUCAGACUUUUGCUUCUGCCGCCUCACCUGUAGAGGCUCAGCGGUGGAUUGACAGGAUGGAGAGAGUUUUCUCCCAGAUGGAUCUUCCAGAGGAUAGGAAAGUGGAUUUGGCAGUACAGUUUCUUGAGGAUACCGCCUGGCAUUGGUGGAUUGAUGUUACUAAUGACCCUGCAAAUGUUGGCCCCAUGACAUGGGAUAUGUUCAAGACCCAUUUCUAUGGACGGUACUUUAGUGAUGCCCACCUCAAUCGGAUGCAAGACCAGUUCUUGAGCUUGGUGAAGAGAGAUGAGCAGUCAGUGUUGGAGUUUGAGCAGGAGUUUCUCUCCUUGGCCCAUCAUGUGCCGGAUUUGGUUCGUACUGAGCAAAGCAAAAUUCGUAGAUUUGUUUUGGGACUUGGAGGAAAGUUUAAGGAUAAGAUGUUAGGCACACCGUACCGUAGCUUUGCUGAGGCAGUAUCUUAUGCCAUGGACAUUGAGUCAGACUCACCUGUUGGAUUUCACCCUAGGGAUCCUGGUGUCCCUAGCCAGGGUCCAUCUAAGAGGGCUACUUCCACAUCUGGUUCUGGUUCUUCAGUUGGUAGUGGAAAGAGCAGUGGUUCCAGUUCGAGAACCCGUACUAGAUUCAGGGCACGUGACAGGAGAUUCUCUCGGGGUCAGUCUAGUGGACGACAGUUUGGACAGUUUGAGAGGUCCAGGAGUUAUCAUGGUGGUUCGAGUGGGGCUUCUGCAAGCCAGCCAGCCCAGUAUGGGCAGUAUCAGACAGUUGGAUGUUUUAUUUGUGGUCAGCAGGAUCACUUCAGGAGGGACUGUCCCCUUGCGACUCAGGGAGCUAGAUCUACCCCCACUCAGACUGUUGGUCAAUCCUCUGCUAGUGGUUCUACUAGCAGCGCCCGCACCAGCUCGGUAGGCCAAGCUAGUUCUCAGCAGGGCAGAGUUCAGCGAGGUCGUCCUGUGACACAUGCUAGACUGCACGCCAUGACCCAGCAGGAGGGCCGUGAUUCACCGAAAGUUAUCGUUGAGGCCAACUUAAUUCCUCUAGACCUUGUAGAGUUUGAUGUAAUUCUUGGGAUGGACUUUUUGGAGACACAUGCCAUUACAGCUGAAAAGCUUAUGAAUAAAGGUUGUCAGGCUUAUUUAGCACACAUUGUGGAUACAAAGAGGGCGGUGUUGAACAUUGAGGAUAUUCCUGUGGUCAGGAAGUUUCCGGAUGUGUUUCCUGAUGAACUACCUGGAUUACCUCCAGAAAGGGAAAUAGAUUUUACCAUUGAGUUGCUCCCUGGUACUGCACCUAUAUAUCAGGCACCUUAUAGGAUGGCUCCAGCUGAGUUAAAGGAGUUGAAGACCCAGUUACAGGAGUUGUUGAAUAAAGGUUUCAUCCGGCCAAGUGUGUCCCCUUGGGGUGCUUCGGUGCUUUUUGUUAAGAAGAAGGAUGGCACUUUGAGGUUGUGUAUUGAUUAUAGAAAAUUGAAUAAGGUCACAGUGAAAAACAAGUAUCCAUUACCACGGAUUGAUGACUUAUUCGAUCAAUUGCGGGGUGCCAAAGUCUUCUCUAAGAUUGAUUUGAGGACAGGUUAUCACCAGCUCCGGAUAAGAGAGUCCGAUGUACCCAAGACAGCAUUCCGAUCACGCUAUGGUCACUACGAAUUUGUGGUGAUGCCUUUUGGAUUAACCAAUGCUCCUGCAGCCUUUAUGGAUCUCAUGAAUCGAGUAUUCCGUCCAUACUUGGACCGUUUUGUGAUCGUAUUCAUUGAUGACAUUCUGGUUUAG